AUGUUGGUAGCAGUGUUAUCAUCAUCUAUUUCAUUGUUUAUUCAACGACACCAGGAUAACAUUUAUUGCCACGCUCGGAAAAAUUUACAAGAUUUUUAUGUCGGAGUUCAGGGAAGCUUACAACAUAUUGACACUGCACAACCAAUAUCUAAAUUAGAAGCAAUGAACAGAAGCAGGCCGUUUGGAAAAAUCAUUUGCCGGCAAAAUAUCACAUACUCCUUUAAUUUAACUUAUUAUGUUGGAAAAUUGCAAACACAAAAUCAAUUUAUGAACAGUCCCAAUGAUGAAGUGUGUGGCCUCUCGAGCCCAUGCUCAUCAAUGAAUGAUGUUUUUGAGCAUUUUUCCUCUCUACUAUUGAAGGAUAUGGAAACCUACAUUUGCUUACAGUACAAUAUGACUAUUAUAGUUAUUAGCGACCUGAUAGACAACAGUUUUGAAUCUACUGCAAAUUGCAGAAACACAGUCCCUGAAAUACACCUAAAUCACAACAAUGUUAAUGUGGACCUGACAGUCACGAGCCUUAAUCGUGAAAAACCAAGCACUGUUACUUGUUUCUAUGAGAAUGAUGGAGAGCGAUUGUAUUUCAUAGAAGACCGCUCAGCAAUAAUACUUCUCUCUUUGUCACACAUUACAAUGCAAAACAUGUAUUUGAACCCGUUCACUAUUCAACACUCAACGACCGUAAACAGCAAUAUUGACAUGGCAAGAACAAUGGACAAUAUUAUUAUUGAAAACUCGAAAUUUUUAGAAAGUAGAAUACAACUAACUAAAAUAUAUAAUGCUGAAUUACGAAAUCUGAAAUUAUCUGGAGGAUUACUAAUUGAACAAUGCUCUCAAAUAUUAAUUCAAAAUCUAACAUGUUUUGAGAGAGAAGGUGCUGACAGAUUUUGUUUUUUACGUGUAUCAACAGUGGAUGAUUUUAUAUUGAAGGAAUCCAAACUACUCUUUGGAAAGAGAGGCAACGCUAAUUUUCAAUCAGUUGUUACCUUGUCCAUCCUGAAUAGCAAUUUUGAGUACGUUUCAACAUCUCCAACCGCUUCUCUGUUUAGUGAAAAUGAAGACACUUCGGAGUAUGUUGUUGAGGCUGAUUUGGUAUUUCAGCUCAACAUUAUGGAAACUACUUUUUCAAAUCGAAAUAAUAGAAAAGGAUGGCUGAAAGUUAUUUCAGGAGGAACGAUCUAUUUUUCAGGCCUAAAAGUCGAAAACAACACAUGUAAGACGCAAGGUGUAUUCUUGCUCUACAUUUGCCAAUCGAUUCGGAUUUCUUACUCAUCAUUUUUGAAUAAUGUUGCAAAUGUAGCAGGUGCAAUUUCUGUGAUCAAUGUAAAAGAUUUUACCAUUUCAGACUCAUCUUUUCACAAUAACACUGCAAUGACAGGCACAGGAGCUGUUGGAAUCUUCGAAGCUGUUAAUUCUCGUAUUAACAAAUGCAAAUUUAGCAAUAACACGUCCAACAAUGGAGAUGGAGGUGCCGUAUCAUUGAUCAAAUCAGUCAUUUAUUUCUCAGCAACUACCUUCAUUGGAAAUAGAGCUACUGUUUCAGGAGGGGCAAUAUAUGCAUACAAUUCUUUGUUGUCAGAAUUGCAAUUUUGCACCUUUGAAGAAAAUAUGGUUUACUUUCAAGCUCCAAAUGGCUCCUGUAUUACAAAACCAACAGAUGCUCAAGGAAGUGGAGGAGCAGUUGCACUACAUGAAAGCACAGCAGACGUGUUUAUUUUCAAUUCAUUUGUUCGUAACAAGGCAGCAAGAGGAGGAGCUGUUUUUGUAUCGGGUGAUAUGAUGUUUUCAUUUACCAAGUUUGAGAAUAAUUUUGCAUCUGUCGCUGGUGGUGCAUGUUUUGUGACCAAUAACGCCGUCAUCAGGAUGAAAAAUGUUUCCAUGAUUGCAAAUACAGCAACAAUAUAUGGACCCGAUAUUUCAACACCUGUUGUGUAUUUCUCUGAAAUUGUGGAGACAAUUCCACCAACAAAAUCAAGAGACAAAAUUGUUGUUUAUCCAGGAGAGAGCUUUACUGUGAAAUUUAUGCAAAUGUAUGAUCGAUAUAGCAAUUAUAUUAAGAGUGUUAAUGAGUGUCCCGUUUUAUCACUCUCUGAUCACAGGUUUCUGUUGGAAUACAACUGGAUACAACUAGAUAGUAAUAUGAUCACAUUGACCAUCACAAUUGACCCAAGUAUCGACAUCGAAUUGAGUAAUAAUGGAAUAGAAAAUAUACUUCAUAUUAGAUUCAGCGAGACCGAUAUUCAUAACUUGACAAUCCUUCUAACCUAUUGCCCAACCGAUUUUGUGAUUAAGAAUGGUAAAUGUGCUCCAGGAUUUCCGUUUAGCCAGGUUAUUCCAGGAAUCAUUGCUGGAUCUUUACAUUUAAAAAGGCUCGAAGUAUUUAUGCAAGACAACGGUCAGAAAAAAGAAAUUGAAGAGAAAUUAUUGACCUAUGAUGUUUCAUAUGGAUCAUUGAACUCUGACAUUCAUAUUUCAAAAACAUCAAACUAUAUUAUUCCAGCAAGCGAGUUAAAAUUUGAAAAGAAAAUAGGAGAGGGCGCCAGUGGAAGUGUUUAUCAGGCUAAAUAUAACAUGAUCGAUGUGGCAGUGAAAUCAAUUAUACGAACAGAGGAGACGGAUGAGAUUUUUGAAAAAGAAGUCAUGCUUUUAGUCCAGUUACGUCAUCCCAAUAUUAUUAGUUUUUAUGGUAUUUGCAUUGGUGAGUCACAAAUGUAUAUUGUUGUUGAGUUAGGAAAGAAUGGUAGUCUAGAGCAAUUAAUCAAUAAUAUGAAAAAAGGAAAAGUCAAAAAAACAUUUAAAGAAAAGCUCAAAAUAUUGAUCGGUGUGACUAAUGGCAUGAAAUACUUACACGGACUAAAUCCUCAAUACCUAAUUCAUAGAGAUUUGAAACCAGCAAACAUCGUACUUGACCAAUCGAAUGUUCCAAAAGUUUGUGACUUUGGCUUGAGCCGUAUUGUCUCGAACUCUCCAACCAACUCCUUAACAGCAAAUAUUGGAACACUAAUUUACAUGUGUCCUGAAUUAAUUUUGGAGGAAGAUUCUGAACCCUUACAUCAACUCACAAGAGAAAAUGCUACAAAAAUUGACGUCUAUUCAUAUGCAAUCAUUAUGUAUGAAUUAUUCUUUGAAGAGACACCAUAUUGGAAUGAGAGCUCUGAGAAAAUUAAUUUUUUCAAUCAUGUGAACAAUGAGCAAAAGAAAGUGAAAGCACUUAACCUUCUUUAUUAUGUUGCCAAUCAUAAUAGACGACCUGUCAUACCAUUCCUCAACCAUGAUGAGAUGAAAAUUUGGUGUGAAAAAUUCAUGACCAAUGAUGAUGCUACGAAUAUCGACCUUUUAAUUGCAGUGGAGAGUUAUAUGAAAUUAAUGAAAUCAUGCUGGGCCUCAAAUCCCAGCGAGAGACCUUCCUUUGAACGAAUUAUUCAAAAGUUAACUGAUAUUUACAAUAUGGAUUUCUAG